CGCGCGUCAUCCCGCCGCUCGACAUCAAAUUUCUGGAACAUCGUCCUAUACAUCUACGCGAAGCAGCAUUCAACAGUGCAUACGCGGGCACGGGCAUAGAAACAGACACAGAUACAGGCAAGACACUCAAGAUGGCCACUACUGUGGACAAGAUCAAGGAAAUCGAGGCCGAAAUGGCCCGAACGCAGAAGAACAAGGCAACAUCUUUUCAUCUCGGACAGCUGAAGGCCAAGCUCGCAAAGCUGAAGCGGGAGCUUCUUACUCCCAGUGGAGGCGGAGGUGGUGGUGGCGUUGGGUUUGAUGUCGCCAGAACAGGUGUGGCGAGUGUUGGUUUCAUCGGCUUCCCGUCAGUGGGGAAAAGUACUUUGAUGAGUAGAUUAACUGGUCAACACUCUGAAGCCGCCGCAUACGAAUUCACAACGCUUACGACCGUCCCCGGCCAAAUCAUCUACAACGGAGCCAAAAUCCAAAUCCUCGAUCUCCCCGGUAUUAUUGAGGGCGCCAAGGACGGUAAAGGCCGUGGACGACAAGUCAUUGCUGUCGCAAAAACCUGUCAUCUCAUCGUCAUUGUCCUGGACGUCAACAAACCGCUUACCGACAAGCGAAUCAUUGAGAACGAGCUAGAAGGUUUCGGGAUUCGUAUCAACAAAAGUCCCCCAAACAUUGUCUUCAAGAAGAAAGACAAAGGCGGCAUCAACAUUACCUCCACCGUUCCCCUGACGCACAUCGACCACGACGAGGUCAAAGCCGUGUUAUCCGAGUACCGGAUCUCAAACGCGGACAUUGCCAUUCGAUGCGAUGCAACUGUGGACGAUUUGAUCGAUGUGCUGGAAGCAAAGAGUCGCAGUUAUAUUCCUGUCCUCUAUGCACUAAACAAGAUUGACGCCAUCAGCAUCGAGGAACUGGACCUCUUGUACCGCAUUCCAAAUGCUUGUCCGAUCAGUUCCUCUCAGGGAUGGAAUAUUGACGAGCUCUUGGAACAGAUGUGGGAGAAGCUGAAUUUAAUCCGGGUGUAUACGAAACCGAAAGGGAAAAUGCCAGAUUACUCUUCACCAGUUGUUCUGCGGUCCACGGCUUGUACGGUCGAGGACUUCUGCAAUUCCAUUCACAAGACCAUUGUUGAGCAGUUUAAGCACGCUAUUGUAUACGGAAAGUCUGUCAAACAUCAACCCCAACGCGUAGGCCUGUCCCACGAGCUUGCCGAUGAAGACAUUAUCACUAUUAUUAAACGAUAAGAGGAUGAUCGACUCCUAAGGAGCUGACAGCAUCGGCGUACCGAUUCCCACGAUCAAAAAUCCCGACGCAGUGAGACCCUACCGAGUGGCUGAAGUGUCUCAUUUCUUGUGAGUACUGGGAAUGGCUAUAGAAUUGAUUGUGAGCAAUGAGGCGGAAUUGGGAAUUGUCUCAAAUCAUACUCCGUGUUGGAUCGGAUGAGGUACGAUGCCAAUGACGGCAU